AUGGUUCCCUGUUUUCUCCCUCCAGUAGUGCAAAAUAAGUGUGAUGAAUAUGUUGGCACCUUUAUUGACCCACCACAGAAACUUUUACAUGAUGGGACUUGGAAAGAAUUAGACAAUGCACUUGUUGAUAUUACAGGAGGAAUCUUGGGGACCAAAAUUGGUCAAUCUCUUAAAAAAGAUUUCACAUUGCGUCAAUACACUACGAAUUAUUAUUAUAAUACAAAAAAUGAAUUACAUAGUAUUUAG